UCCAUCUCCCAACAUUGAAAUAUACUCUCAGAAACAGGUUCUUCAGAGCUGCCCCAAGGCAACCGAAAAAAACUUGAAUGUAACCACAACAAGUGUUCCAGCAUUGGAGGAUUUGGACAGACAAGUGAAGUAUGGCCGUCCUCAGCUCUUGAUCCGAGAUGAUGUUACCACUGCUCAACCGCGUUCGGGGCUCCAACCCGCGGAUCCUCCAAUCCAAGUCCUCGCCUUUAAUAUGGACGGGUCGUGCUGCAUAUCAAAGUCAUCAAGGCAUUUUUGGCUGCCAACCCAAGGCUCUUCAGAAACGAUUGGCAGAUCUCAAAAACGAAGUCAAAAUCGAUUUCGACGCCCGAAACCGAAACAGCAACGGAUACAGAUUGAUCGAAUCGUUUCGAAGGAGCGGUCAUAUUCACGCACAAAUCAAUCCAGUGUCCUUUAGGGAACAGUCCAGGCCUUCAGAUCAGCCUGAUUUGAGUUUGGAACGCUUUGGUUUACAAUCUGAAGACACUAUACCUACUGGUGGUCUGAUUCAGAGCAAAAGCCCCGAGCUUCGUGCCAGUGAUCUUCAGGCGUUCUUGGAAACCGUCUAUUGCGGUCCAAUCGCCGUUGAGUUCGAGUCCGUGGAGUGCGAGCAUGAAAGGGAAUGGUUGUACCGAACGACGGAGAAGCUCCAUCAGACUGAGAUUGAACCACAGACGAAGAAGAACUUGGCCAUCGACAUGCUUCGCUCUCAGAAUUUCGACAAUUUCAUGGCCACCAAAUUCUCCAAUGUCAAGCGUUACGGAGGAGAAGGAGCCGAGUCAAUGAUGGGCAUUUAUAGCGAGCUCAUUUCCUCCGCCGGCGAAAAUGGUGUGAAAGAAAUCGUUAUCGGCAUGGCUCAUCGAGGACGACUUAACGUUAUGACUGGUCUCUUUAAUUAUCCACCCGUGGCCAUGUUCCGUAAGAUGAGGGGCUUACCAGAAUUUCCACCCGAGCAACAAGGCGCUGGAGAUGUGCUCUCUCAUCUAACCAGCUCGGUGGACUUGCCAACCAAAAAUGGCUCCCAAGUUCACGUCACCAUGCUUCCCAAUCCAUCGCAUUUGGAGGCCGUUAAUCCUGUGGCUUGUGGCAAAGUGAGAGCCCGACAUUUGACCCAAAACGUGGGUGAAUACUCGUCCAUCUCUGGGGAGGGCGAGCUCAUGGGCGAGAGCAUUCUUUGUCUUCAAGUCCAUGGCGAUGCUGCCCUGAUUGGACAAGGGAUCAACCAAGAAACCCUCCAGAUGUCACAAGUGCCGCACUUCUCUAAUGGGGGUUCCAUUCAUGUAGUGAUCAACAAUCAAGUCGGUUUCACGACUCCAGGAGAUCGAGGUCGAACCUCGAGGUAUUGCUCGGAUUUGGCCAAACAAAUAGGCGCUCCAGUCAUUCAUGUUAAUGGAGAUCGACCCGAGGAAGUUAUUAAAGCCACCAGGUUGGCUCUGGCCUAUCAGAGGAGGUACAGGAAAGAUGUAUUUUUGGACCUAAGCUGCUAUCGCCGUCAUGGUCACAAUGAGUUGGAUGAUCCGACCUUUACAAACCCGUUACUUUAUAAGACAAUACAUGCCACCAAAACCAUUCCAGACCAAUACGCUGAUCAGCUUGUUGCGGCAGGUGUUAUGAGUAAAGACGAGGUCUCCCAAUCCCUCGCUGAGCACAAUGCUCUUUGCACCGAGCAUUACCAGAUGAUCGAUAGUUACGAGGCCAAAAUGGAGACACUCAAAGGAGAUUGGUCGGCUAUGGAACAACCUCCGAGUGCCGUCACCCAAUGGGACACUGGACUUCCUCUGGAUGUUCUUAAAUACAUCGGGGCCCAAUCCAUCAAGGUCCCCGAGGAAUUUAACUUGCACCCCCAUUUGAAGAAGAUCCACGUGGACGCGAGAAUGAAGAAACUAGAAUCGGGGUCCGUUAUUGAUUGGGGCACCGCCGAGUGUUUAGCCGUUGGAUCGCUCUUGUACCAAGGGUUCAAUGUCAGGUUCAGUGGACAGGAUGUGGGGCGUGCCACUUUUGCUCAUCGUCAUGCCAUGCUGGUUGAUCAGGAUUCGAAUGAAAUGUUCAUUCCCUUCAAUGAGAUGAAGCGUCAAAAUGACGAUUGUGGUCAACUGGAAAUGGCGAAUAGCCCUUUGUCAGAGGAAGCCGUCUUGGGCUUUGAGUAUGGGAUGUCUGUCGAGAACCCCAAGAAUUUGAUCAUCUGGGAGGCUCAGUUUGGGGACUUUUUCAACGGAGCUCAAAUCAUUCUGGACACCUACGUCUCUUGCGGAGAGUCCAAGUGGGGUCUUCAGUCGUCCUUGACCCUGCUUUUACCUCAUGGUAUGGAUGGAGCUGGACCCGAACACUCCUCCUGCCGAAUGGAGCGCUUCCUCCAGAUGACCGACUCCAAGGAAUCAGAUGGAGCCGAUGGAGAUGACGUCAAUUGGCACGUGGUCAAUCCGACAACCUCGGCGCAAUACUUUCAUCUUCUGCGGAGACAAAUGAUUCGGAACUUCCGAAAACCGUUGGUGGUGGUGGGUCCCAAAGUCCUUCUGCGUCUUCCGGCGGCCAGCUCCAAUUUGUCAGAGAUGAAAUCAGGCACCUCCUUCCAAACCGUUCUGCCAGACCCUCGUUUAGAAGGUCUCGGUGGUAGUGCCUUCGAUAAGAUCAAGAGGGUCGUUUUCGUGUCUGGCAAGCAUUACUAUGCCUUGGCCAGACACGCUGAUGAGAAGUCAGUGAAUGACAUUGCGUUUGUCAGAGUGGAACAAUUGUGUCCAUUCCCUACCCAAGAACUGCAAGAAGAGCUGAAGAAGUUCAAGAACGCCAAAC